AACUAUCUACACUCUUUGAUUACUACGCUGGAUCACUAGAAUCCGUUAUUGGCCAAGCCGUAUCUCACAUAAAAUCGUACGGAGUAACCCAGUUUGCUCGACUCAAACACUACCCAAAAGGGAAAGAGUGAAAUGGAGUUCAAUACUUUAAAGACAUGUCAAUUCCAAGGUAGAACGUUAACUCCAACGGAAGAAGGAAUUUUAGAAGACGCUAUAUUGAGUCGCAACGAACGAAAUAGAUUUGAGCAAGUUUCCGGUUUUGGAUUUGAACCUCUCCUACCUGAGGUCUGCCAUAUUUGUUUGGACGCGAUAAACGAAAACAGAUCCGGGAUUGCGAUGAAAAGUUGCGGUCACUGGUUUUGUAGAGAAUGCUGGAGAGAACAUCUACUGCACCAAAAUUUCUCUAGGCUUCUUUGUCCCGAAUUCAAAUGUGGAAAUGAUGUGGAUUUCACCUUGGUUUUACAAGUAUUGAACAUUACUGAUGUCCGGAAAUACUUGAUUCGUAGAAAAGAAACUUUAACACAGGGUCAGUGCAAAUAUUGUCCAAACGAAAAAUGUGGUCGCUUAUUUUCAACGUCUUUAUCAUCGAAGACGUCAACCAACGUUGUCUGUGAAUGUGGAUCAAAGUUUUGUCCAAAAUGUUUAAAGUUUCCUCAUUGGCCUGUCUCAUGUGAAAUAUCGCAAAAAUAUUGGAGCUUUCUGAAAGGAAAAGGAAUUGAAAUAGAUUUCGAUUAUGAAGAUUUUUUGUCCACUGAGCUGCAGGUGUAUGGAAAACACUGCCCGAAUUGCAAUCAAUUCAUAGAGAAAGGGGGCGGUUGUUACAAAAUAGUGUGUGUUUGCGGUAUUCGCUUCUGCUGGGGAUGUCGGGGAAUUUAUAGAGUAAAUCAUUACGAAAACGACAACUGUCAGCGGUCGGAACACGGUGACCUGUACAAAACUGCUAGAAAAAGCCUCCCUGCAGACCCUCUUCUUACGAUGAGAAUUAAAGAAGAGCCUGUUCUCAUCCAAACUGCUAUCAAACAGCGCGCAGAGAGAGCAAACUCCCGAACAAUCAUGAUGAAAAGAAAAACUCAUUUCUGGUGCCAGAAAAUUCGUACUCUCGGACGGAAAUCGUCAGCCAAAAUAGCCGAUUUACUGGCAGGAUACGAAUCAAAUGGAAAGAGCAUGUUGUACAAAUUAGAAAAUAUCUUACAAAACACAAUUAAACUCUAUUUGGAGUUGCGCUACCUUACCGAAUAUACUGCUGUCUUUGCACAGCAGCAAAUUCCGCGAUCACGGAAACGCUUGAACGAUGUACUUAAAUGCAUGGAUCAUUUAGCUUCACAGAUUUACGCUGAAUUUGAAAGAGAUAUCAGUUCAGAUCUACCGUCUCUUGUAGAAAGUUUGUUUAAUAUCAAGGACCGCAGCAUGUGCACUGUAUCUGGACUUGUAAAAAUCGUCAAUGAAAUGGAUUCAGAUUAAUCUUGUUAUUAAAGACCCAUUGCUAGAAAUGCUAAAAAUAUCAAAUUGUAUGAAUUGUGUAUAGAAGUAAAAACAUUAAAUUCGGUGUAGUAUCUUCA